UGCUUUUUAUCAUACAAACGUUGCCAGGCUCCAUUUUCUAUACGAUAUCUGUUGGAUUGAAAAACGUACAAUAAAAUCGAAAUUAUGAAUGCAGCAGCUCCUAGUUAUAAAAGAUAUGAGAAGUCGACUGAUGAUAAUAUGUGAGAUGUUUGAGUUUCUGUUUGAGUCAUUUUUGUGCAUACAUACACACACUCGUGGUUCCUUUGCAUUUAACACGUGUGAUUAUUUUAUUUGCGCUCAAUUGUACUAUACAGCUUCGUGUUGUCAGGCCGUUACUUCGAAUAAACAAAACAAAACACGCACAGAUUUAUUCAGAGCUUGAACAACUAAAAACUAAAGUAACCCGGUUGCCUAUUUUUGCUUUCAUCUACUCUGCAAAAGAUAAUAUCGUCUUUUGGCUGUAUUUUCAAGACCAGACGCGCACCGCAGCCUGAAAUUCACAAUCCAGAUCUGUGAAACGUUACAACUUUGAAAAAUAUCUCGAAAGGAUUUCUCUGUAAGUUUCGAGUUGGCGUCAAUUUGUAUUUUUAUAUCUAAAAAAGGGAAUAUACUUGAUAAUUUUCUUUUGCUUGCCUUUUUUUUGAUAUUUUGUAUGAAUCUAUUUUCUUUAUCACAAUAUAAAACAUAGUAUUUCUUUGUUCUUUCUUCAGUUUUGUGUGAAUUUUGUUGUCUCUCGUAGAUUAUUUUGACAGCCUGCGAAUAGCUAAGAGUAAAAUGGACCAAAUUUCAGUUGCCUUAACAACCAAAUAACCACCCGUUCAUUUUGUUUCCCCUCCUUUCAUUUGGUUAUGAAUGUUAUAUCAAUGCGCGUACUAAGUGAAAAGCGCUGAAAAUGGGUUCAGUAUAAAGCGAAAAACGACAGAGGUUAUUUUUUGCAGACUACAUUUUAACUUACCCGGCACGAAUUCAGAAGAAGUAUAUAUAAUCUUAUCCCAGUUUUCUACUUGUAUAUUUUAUGUCUUCAAUGCUUUUAUUUUGGGCAAAAUGGCAUGCAACUGUGAGCUGAAAUUAGCAGCCUGAAAUAUACGGAGUGAAUUCAAGACGAUUUCAAACGGGCGAAGCAAAGAAUAGAAAAGAAAUAUUCAACUCUCUUCCUUCGUUUAUUUCACGUCCUGUAAAGCGUCCUAUUCCUCAAUUUACCCGCUGCAGUUUUCUUACCUUGUUAUUUUGCUGCGGACCGUGAACACUUUUUGCACCAGUAGUGUAGUGUAAAGCAAGAAAAAUGUAAAAUUCCUUUUACAUUUUCCUGCCAUUAGCGUACAAGUACAUAAUAGUACCCGUUCUACAUAAAAAGAGAAAAUCGCCUCGCCAAAAAUCAAAAUUCGAAUCUUUGGUGUGUUAACUGAGAACAGUUUGUGUCAUUGAACCAAUACAGUUUAUUUACCAAUUCGCUUUGGUUUGCACAAACCAGGAAAUUAUAUGCCAUCUUUUCUCUCUCUCAGCUCAGUCAGUGCCACGAGCAACACUCAAUAAAAGCACUUUAUUCAAGCUUAUUCCGUUCUGAGUUUUAUCGCUCAACAUUUAGCAGUGGUCUAUUUUUGUAGAUUGUGGAACGAAUUGUUCGUUUUGAGGUGUAAUUUCGUGAGAAAAUGUCAAAUAACAAACCACGUAUGAGAUACAUGAGUCCAGGUCCUGCGGGAAGAUCACGUGAUACCUUAUCCCCGAUUAGAUCGACUGAGUUUUGGGACCAACUUAGAAGUGGACCUGCAGUAAGAAAUCAUAGAAGAAACACGCGGGGUUCCAGAGGAGCCAGACAUCACUUCUCCACGCCCAAAAGGUCCAAGGAGUCCCCAAAAACAGACGACAAUCGGGGAAAGAAGAAGUCAGAAAGCAGAGAAAAAAGUUCGCCUGCGGAAAACGAAAAUAUAAAAAACGAAACUGAAAUUGAAGCUGAAACUGAAAACCUGAAUGAUCAUUUAUCAGUUUCGAGUUUCAGCGAGGGUUCCUUGAAUGACAGCAGAAGUGAAAUAUUUGAAUCAAAUGGACGACACAAUGAUGACAACAAUGAGAAAAGUUUCGGAAACGGAGAUGUCAAGUUGGAGCCCACUGAUGAUUUGUCACUGGUUGAAAACAUGAAAAGAAUGAGAGAUUGCUUAAACGAAAAAACAAACAAUUAUUGCGAUCAAUCAGCCGCAAUUAAAGAAGAAGUUGUGGAUGAAAGCAGAGAGAAUGAAGAAGACAAAAAGAACAGAUCCAAGUCGGGAUCGAAGACCUCCAAAAAGUCAUCUCGGAGCAGCUCGAGGCCAACAGAUGGUCGCCACCGAGCAUCGAGACAUAAUGACGAAAAUAGACGGAAGCGGCUGAGAUCGAAUAGCAGGAGUAAAGAGCGUCGAAUGAAAGACUCCGAACAGCAAAAGCAACGAAGAAGGCAAUCUGAGUUGAGCGCCGGUCCAAAUCGGAGCAGACGCAGAUCGAAGUCACGUGAGGGAAGACAUUCGGACAACAGUCGUGGAUCCCACAGAAGUAAUCGUAUUGAGAAAGGUCACAGGAGUACUUCGUCAUGGCUUACGGGAUCACGCCUAGCCCAAUUAAGGACCAAAAUAAACCGUGCGACUCCUAAAAAUGGUAGAUUGUCUCCGCUGAAAGUAUCAACACAGUCCAGAAGUUCGAACCUUUUGAAUGAGUGUGCAAGUAGCUCGUAUGGAAAUUCCAACUUGGAUCUAAAAAAUUUAACUGAAAAGGAUCUGGUGGAUAUGAAGUUCCCACUUUUCGAUGCCCACAGUCCAGACUUGGAGAUCCAGAGGAGGUUCCAGCAAGAAAUGAGGCGGGAAAAGGAAAGCAGAGGUCACAAUCAGGGCGAGAAGAAGAAAAAGGGAAUAUGCAAGUUCCAUGUCUGUGGUUAUUGCAAAAUGGGUUCCAAGUGUUACUUCUCCCACGACUCCCCCCAGCUGGUGAAGAAGAAGAUGGAACUGUGUCUGUUCUACGCGGGCGAUGGAUGCAUCAAGGGGGAGUUAUGCACGCACCUGCACAAACAGUUCCCCUGCAAGUUCCACCACAAGGGGGGACAUUGCAAGUACGGGACCAAGUGCAAGUUCUCGCAUGAUUUCAUGAAUCAGGAUUUGGAAGGCGCACUCAAAAGGUUUCUGGAGUGCAGCCCUCAAUUCAAACGAAAAAACACAGUUGCCUCGAAAAGUAAGGACAUCAGUCCAGCAAAGUCAGAAGAUCAUUCGGAGGAAAAAACAAAUUUCCUCAAAAGCCCGCCCGUUGUCAAGUCCUCUCCAAGUCCCGAUCCUCCAGUACCAUUGCCGGUACCACCCCCGAUGCAAAUGCCAGUGGUAUUUCCGUUCCCAGCCCCGCAAGUUCCGAAUUUCAUCAACCUUGAGGCUUCCACGCAACAAAAUUUAUCUUCGCCAAUUUUUUCCAACGAGCUUGCCGCCUUUCAGCUUGCUUGUAUGCAAGCGAUAGCAUCUCCAACUAUUCAGAAUCCAAAUGUAUCAUAUGAUGAUAGGAAUGCGAACUCUAUGUUUGGCGUUGAUGAUUCUUACAAUGGAUUUUGUGAAGCGAACAAUAACUCAAUUGGUCUAGAUAAAGACGAAGAAAACUCCAGUUAUACCGGACAGUCAUCAAGUUUUCAACCGGAUAUGGGGGUGUCAAAUGACUCUGAAGCUUUAAAUUACGCACAGCAGUUUUCUGUCAAUCAUGACAGGGUAAUUUGUCAUGACACGCAGUGUAGUUCUACCUCAAGUGGUUUCAGAGGAGACAUUGAUUUUCGUGCCAACAACAGUUAUAAUGACUUGUCACAAAUGCAAGACAGCUCGGUAUCUCAAGAGCAUGUUUCUGUAGAUAUGUACUCGUCUAAUUCAUUCAACUCACAAUCAAGCAAUUUUUCUGCCGUGAAUCUACUGGGGUCCCAAGCUCUAAAUUUGAAUCAUCAAGUUCUACCUCAAAAACCAAGCCAAACUGCAGCUCCUUUGAGCAAUGUCGCAUUAGCUACAUACAUUCCUCUGGACCAGCAAUGUAGUCUGAAAGAUCCAAGAAUCGAAAACUUCAACAACGACGAUUCCAUCUAUAGGGGGUUGCUUACUCUCAAAAGCAGUCUUCCCAAUUUGCCAGGGAUACUUUUCCCGCCUGCUUAUAUCAAGUUUGAACAUCUUAUACCCUGGCGACUACCUAAGGUCCUAGAUCUGGACCCAAUUGAAGGCAUAUCUUCACCGGAACCCGUCAGAUCGAAUCCGCUUUCUGAUCCAAGACUGGUUUUCGGCCACUUCGGCAAACCAUCGAAUGAAGUUGGAAGCGCCAUCAAAAGAGAGCUGGAGCAGAUGUGCUCAACUGAAGGUCAUAAAAGUUCAUUCAAUGGUUUUUAUCCAUCAGAAGAUGUUGUUUCGACGAAAACUCUGUUUUCUUUUGCAGAUCCUACCGCUUCGCCGUUUCUAUAAAUUGAUAUAGGAAAUGUUUGUACAAAGUUUGUAUUUUAUCGAAUCAAACACUUUAUCAAUACUGAAACACUUUGGAUCAAAUUCAACGGUGUUCCAUUGAAA